CGGCGCCGGCGCGCUGCUUCCGGCCGGCGUUGCGGCGGGAGGAGCCGGCGCUGCCAUGUCCGCUGCGGGACGCGCUCCCGGGCCCGGCGCCGGAGCCGCCUCUCGGCUUUGAAGACGGCCGAGGAACACACGAUUGGAAGCGACCAGCAUUCAAAUCGUACCCAUGGAAGAGCCACAAGACCUCCCCGAACAACCAGUGAAAAAAGCCAAGAUGCAGGAAUCCAGAGAACAAAGCCUGAGUCACGUGAGCAACGCAGAAGUCGGCGAUCAGAAACCUGAAUCUUCAAGCCUUGGUUCAAACCUUCCCAUGUCCAGUGAGAUUAUGACUUGCACUGAUUACAUCCCAAGGUCAUCAAACGAUUAUACCUCACAAAUGUAUUCUGCAAAGCCAUACGCACAUAUCCUUUCUGUACCUGUGUCGGAAACCAUGAGCCCGUACCCCGGGCAGACUCAGUACCAAGCGCUCCAGCCGUCUCAGCCCUACACCAUCUACCCCCAGACCACCCAGACCUACGGACUACCUCCUUUUGGUGCACUGUGGCCAGGUAUGAAACCCGAAAGUGGUUUAAUUCAGCCUCCAUCUACAAGCCAGCCCAGUGUUCUUACCUGCACUACAGGGUUAACCACAAGCCAGCCCAGCCCAGCACAUUAUUCUUAUUCCGCUGAAGCAUCAACGACCAACGCCAGUCCCGUCUCCACGUCCUCAACCGUUGUCAAUAUUUCCACGUCAGCGGUCGCCAGCAUCUCACAGGAAUAUCCCACCUACACGAUCCUGGGCCAGAGCCAGUACCAGACGUGCUACCCAAGCUCUGGCUUUGGAGUCGUGGCACCGGCGGACGGCACUGCGGAGAGCGCCGCCUUACAGACCACCGCGUACCCCGCCGAGAAGCCCAACGCCGCGGCGCCCGCGCGGAUGGUGCAGAGACAUUCCUCCGGAGACGCGUCCACGAGUCCUUCAUUAGCAAGAGCAACAGCAAGUAAAGAGCUGGAUGAGCAGGCAAGAAAAAACAUCCCUGGGAAGAACAGGGGGAAGAGGAAAGCAGAUCCCUCCUCCUCCCAGGACAGCGAACUGGAGCGUGUGUUUCUCUGGGACCUGGAUGAGACCAUCAUCAUCUUCCAUUCGCUGCUCACGGGGUCUUACGCUCAAAAAUACGGCAAGGAUCCAACUCUGGUGAUCGGCUCGGGCCUGUCAAUGGAGGAGAUGAUUUUCGAAGUGGCCGAUACUCACUUGUUUUUCAAUGACUUGGAGGAGUGUGACCAGGUGCACAUAGAAGACGUGGCAUCUGACGACAACGGCCAGGAUUUAAGCAACUACAAUUUCUCCACGGACGGCUUCAGCGGCUCGGGCAGCACCGCGAAUCACGGCUCGUCGGUCGGCGUCCAGGGCGGGGUGGACUGGAUGAGAAAACUGGCCUUCCGCUACCGCAGGGUGCGCGAGAUCUACGAUAAAUACAAAAGCAACGUCGGAGGCCUUCUCAGCCCGCAGAAGAGGGAAGCUCUGCAGCGACUCAGGGCCGAUAUCGAAGUGCUAACGGAUUCCUGGCUGGAAACUGCAUUAAAGUCCCUGCUGCUCAUACAAUCCAGAAAAAACUGUGUGAACAUCCUGAUCACGACCACGCAGCUGGUGCCAGCUCUGGCCAAAGUCCUCCUGUACGGAUUGGGCGAGGUGUUUCCCAUCGAAAACAUUUAUAGCGCUACAAAAAUAGGUAAGGAGAGCUGUUUCGAGAGGAUCGUGUCGCGAUUCGGGAAGAAAGUCACCUACGUGGUGAUUGGAGACGGGCGGGACGAAGAGGUCGCAGCGAAGCAGCACAACAUGCCCUUCUGGAGGAUCACGAAUCACGCAGACCUGGUGUCCCUUCACCAAGCCCUUGAGCUGGAUUUCCUGUGAGGAGCCGGAGCAGAUCGCUCUGAACCGCCCGGGAAGCAGAAAGCUCAGACGUUUGGGGACUCACUUUUCAGCUCGAUGAAGAAACACACGUAACACAAACCGUACAGUAGAACACGACAGCGGGUGGUUUCCAAGGAGCACACGAGGUGCUGUAUAAAGAAGCACAAGAUGCCGCAGAGCUGGAGCUGGAGGGGGUGACACAACAGCGGGAGUGUUUGUAAGAGCCUUCUCCUUUCUAUUCGACUUAGUCGUAGAACCCAAGUAAACACAAAACCUUAUUUUUAUAGCAAAAACACUGAUGGCAGAGCUGAACCUCCCUUGUUUCGCCAAGCUGAAAAGAGCUACUUUUGUUGGUUUUUUUUCCAUAGGAAAUACUAAUGAAAAUGUCAAAAAUACCUCUAUUGCUGUGAAACGCGUCCUCUCUCCUUCCCUUGGGUGUUCAAAGCAGUUAAUUUAUUACAAUGUCCUUAUGUUAUUUCCUCAACGUGGGAUUACUGGAAAAUAGCAAGAUAAGGGAGUUUUUUCUUGUAGAGGAAAUGUGGGUGUUCUGAGUUGAUCCCGGUGGCUUCGUGUGUGCACAAGCCCUGUUACCAAGCGGGAGAUCAUUGGAUUCCAGCUCCCCAGGCCGGAGAUCCCACCGAUUUUUCCCUACCUGUGAACAAGAGAUCCAGCACGACGCUGCUGCAGAUGAAGAGCCCUCGUCUUGGCUUAGGAACAGUUUGACAGAACUAAAUCCUCACGAAUGUUACAAAGAAGGGUCUGGUUAUUAACCUCACCUCCGCUUUCCUGCCUCCGUUUGGGAGAGUAAGUUCCUUUUAGUAGAAUCAAAUUUGAUUUUCUUGUAUUCUUUGCGUUAGCCUGACGACAUAGUUAGAAACAAAACCCUUGUUAAGAGGGACUUAAUUUCCUCUGUCCUCUGCGUAGAAGCCGCUGCCCGCGAGCAGCGCGACCUCUCGUCCCGUUAGAAACGUCCGAGGAGCAGAUUCCUGCGGUGUCACCGCACGGCUCGGCCGAGGGACCUUUGUGCUGCUCGGCGAGGGGUGUGAAGAGACGCAGGAGCCCGCGGGGGACGUUCUCCCGUCUCAGGUGUGUUCUGUGCUGGAUCCUGAACAUCUCUCAUCCAUCCAAAGGUCUCGGUGUCCCUGUCAAACAGCCCGUUCGGAGCGCGUCCCGUACCCCGGCUGAACUUUGGGAUUCAAACCUGUGCCUUAAACCUCCCACCACCGGCCCCUUUGCUUCCCGAACACCCGCGGCAGCUGGACGGUUGCGCCCGGGCGCCCCAGCGGGUGCUGCGCCUGCGGUACCGGCUUCGCUUCCUCUUCGUUUACUUUCAAAUGUUUUAAGGAAAUUUUUAAGACGUCAGCAAAAUUGGGACUCUUGCAGCCAGUGGCAUUUCAUACUGAUAUUUAUACGAUGUCUCCUUGAAUGUAUGUAAAGUGCUUUUAUAACAGGAGGUUGAUGGUACGUUUCUGUGUUUGUUUAAUAAAGGUUGUCCUGGCUAUUUUA